AUGGCGCCCAGAAUGCAAAGCUCCAGCAGAACGGCUCAGGCCCGGCGGACGGUGCAGCAGCUGAGGAUGGAGGCCAGCAUCGAAAGGAUAAAAGUGUCCAAGGCGUCGUCAGACUUGAUGCGUUACUGUGGAGAGCAUGCUAAGAACGACCCGCUGCUGAUGGGCAUCCCCGCCUCAGAAAACCCCUUCAAGGACAAGAAGCCUUGCACUGUUUUGUAG